GGUCGAAAUAAAAUAAAAAUCACAAAACCCCGGCUAACUAAAACCACAUCUCCCAACAGGCAGAGCCACCGCCCCCGGCUGCGGAAAUGGGCGGCGCAACGAGGUUCAUGACUCUCCUCACAGCUCCAUUCCCAACUCUCCGGCCAUCUCUUAUCAUUAUUCACCGCCGUUUCUCCUUAAUCGCCACCACUCCCUUCCGUCUCCUAACUCUCUAUCCUCCUUCCAAAACCAAAACCCGAACUCGUCUACUACUCGGCAAAUCGUUCCACUCUCAACCGAGCAACAACGCCUUCACACUCCCCGCCUCCGCCGCUCAGCAGCAGCAUCACCACCCCUGGCCGGAAUGGAAUCAUUUUCUCGAUUUACUAUCGAACGGCCAGGGAUUCGCUUCCCCUGAAAAUCUCGGAAUUCCACCCGAAGAUGCAUUCGUUGUGUAUGAGGAAUUGACCGAUGAUUUUGUAGCCGCCGCCUCCACGUGCAUAGCGUUCGCUCGAGCUCGACCAGACCUUAUUAGAUCGCUUUCGAGGAGGAAUAUCGAAGCAGUUGUAUCAAAUGGAACUCCGUUUCUGUUCAGAAGUGCGCUCGAUACAGCAAGGAGGAUGAGGGCAUUUUUGGGAACUGAUGGAAGCAAUGUCUCGAACUUCGAUAAAGCAAAUACAGUUGAUCUAAUGAAGUACAUACUAAGCUACGCAAGCAAUCCGACCGUUUCCCCCGAAAGGAAUGGGCUGUAUAGCAGAGAACUUGUUGACUCGUCUGUACGGAGUUUGUUGCACGAGCUGGUUGCAGUGUGCCGUGGUGUUCAGAUAGGUAGCAUGCCUGCUUCAGGCCAUCAGUUUUCAGGGCAGGCUCAAAGGCCAUUCGGACAAAAUAUUGAAAUGAAGAGAGGUGACUGGAUAUGCUCAAAGUGCAACUUUAUGAACUUUGCAAAGAACACGAAAUGCCUCGAAUGUGAAGAAACGAGACCGAAGAAACAGCUAGCUGGUGGUGAAUGGGAAUGCCCAGCAUGUACUUUCUUUAAUUACGGAAGGAAUGCGGUUUGCUUAAGAUGUGACUGCAGAAAACCUGGUGCUCCGUUACUUAACAAUACCAAUAACUCACAGUUAGGUUCAGUAUACAAUGGCGAUCACUCUUAUAAAACCAACGAAAACAAAGUACCUAUAGGAGGUGAUAAUUUUCAGUUUCCAAAAGAUUCGACAAGUCCGAUCGGUACACAGAACAAAGAGGGGGGGGCACAAGAUGAAAAAUCCGAAAGAUGGUUUAAAAAGAUUGCAGAAUUGCACGAUGUGAAAGAUUCACCCACUGCAGCUCCGGACAAGGAUUUCCCCGAGAUUAUGCCAAUGCGGAAAGGUGAAAACCGAUUUGUGGUCAACAAGAACAAAGAUAGAUCACUCACUUCUCCAAAGUACAAAAGACAAGAAUCAAUGGAUCAAACAAAUAGCUCAAACUUUGUACCCUUUGUCCCAUUCCCUCCUAACUACUUUUCGAAAAACGAAACAGUGAGUGAUGAAAAAAUGGCUCCGCGAGUGUCUGAUAAUGAUGACGUGGCAGUGUCUGAAAGUGGAGGAGGUUCGUCGGAACUGUCUGGAAACAGGUGGACAGGGAAGAGCUUGGAGGGUUCGGCUGUGAAGGAAGCUGAUCCGUUGGAUAUGUCUGAAGAGGCGAAAGCUGAGAGAUGGUUCAAACGUGUGGCUCAGAUUAAGGAUAUUUCAGAGCUGAGUCAGAUUCCGGACGAGGAUUUUCCGUCGAUUAUGCCUAUGAGGAAAGGUGUGAACAGGUUCGUUGUGAGCAAGAGGAAAACGCCGCUCGAGCGGAGGUUGACUUCCCAGCAGUACAGAAGGAAUCUUCCUGUUGUGAGUAGUGAUUCUGUCAAGAAGGAAAGUGACGACAGCUGAUUUUUUAUUUAAUUUUUUUUACAAUUAUUGUUUUUUUUAUCUUGUCUUAACUUAAAUUAGUGUAAUGUUGGUUUGAAGAUUGAGCAAAUAAUUACUAUAGUAGUGUUCUCCA